AGAGGCAAACCUUGUGAGUACUGGACAUAUUUUUGCUGCUAUGAUUAAUUAAGUAUUUUACUUCAGUAGUAGAGGACAGAUUACUGUAAAUUCCUUCCAGAAAAGAAAAAAACAUACAUAUAUAAUAGAGUGCACAAGAUAAUAAAAUCAACGUGUGUACUACCUUACGUAAUGAAACAUGUAAUUCAAACUGCAUAAGGAAGUACAGAAAAUAAGCAUUUUUCAUCAGAUAUUUGCUAAGCCAGUUACAGCUGGUUGAUGCGUCAACGAUGUCUGCACUUCAACGUAUUUUAAACAACUAAUAUCAUCUUGCAGGCACAUUAUUAGGGGGUAUUAAGUUCUUUCUAGAUAUAAAGUUUAUUUGGUCUGUGUGCAUGAAGCAAAAUGAAAACAAGGAGCCUCGGUCGUACCUCUUUGCGUCAGGAAGCCACUGGGUUGAUUAGGAUGCAUUGCGUCGCUCCAGAAAUGGACUCAUAUUUUCCAUAUCACUGGGAGAUCCUUUUAGCUUCUCACUAACAAAACCCUGAAAGGAUACAGACAAGAAAAUUCCACCCACUGUCACAGUACACUGAAUGACUGAAUCUCCACACAGAAAAUAAUGCACUAUCAUAUUAUAUCGGCUGGCUCGGCCUUCCACAGCCUUGAGAGUAAAGUAGUGUGCAUAUACGACAAGUCAGCAUCAGACAUGAGGAUCAUCCAAAUCCUGUAAAAAUAACUCCUCUUUGAGCGUGACAGGCGGUAGCGGUGGUUAAUCUAAGCCCUUGAUGUCUGAUCGGACGGCCUGGACUCCGAUGAUUCAGAACUUAAGAAGAUUCAUCCACGUGGCUGACUCCACGAGUCCAUGACUGAUGUGAGAGCAUGCGUCACUAGCAAGAGGUGACCGAUUUGAUAUGCUGUUGCAUCGUCAGCUCAUCAUCUUUCCUUAGGAAGACAUAGCACCAGGAGCUAUAUGUAUACACUAUAGUUGCCACUGCGACCAUCAUCAGAUUGUGCCCAACACAUCGUGCUAUCUUGCCGGUGUCACUGUCUUCCCAGUUUGACUGACUCCACCACCAGUCCUUCUGCUACAAUAGCAGAUCAGCCAUGACCUUCACCGGCAGCGGCGAUGGCCAGAGCGGCUCCGCGAGGGCGCACUUUGUGCCGGUACCGAUGUUGGCGCAGGGGCACACAAUCCCCAUGACCGACAUGGCGCGCCUGCUGGCAGAGCACGGCGCGCAGGUUAGCUUCAUCACCACACCAGUGAAUGCAUCCAGGUUGGCAGGCUUUGCAGCCGAUGUGGAGACGGCGGGCCUGGCAGUACGGCUCGUGGAGCUCCAUUUCCCGAGCGCCGAGUUCGGCCUACCGGACGGGUGUGAGAACCUGGACAUGAUCCAAUCCACGGGUCUGCUCUCCAACUUCAUGGAUGCCAUCACUGCGCUUCAGGAGCCGCUCAAGGCAUACCUCCGUGAGCAGCAGCGCUCGCCUCCGAGCUGCAUCAUAUCCGACCUGAUUCACUGGUGGACUGGGGACAUUGCAAGGGAGCUUGGUAUCCCGAGGCUGACCUUUAGUGGCUUUUGUGGCUUCUCGUCCCUCAUCAGGUACAUCACUUAUCACAACAAUGUAUUUCAAAAUGUCAAAGACGAAAAUGAGCUCAUCACAAUCACAGGGUUCCCUACGCCACUAGAGCUGACAAAGGCUAAAUGCCCUGGAAAUUUUUGUAUUCCUGGUAUGGAGCAAAUCCGUAAGAAGUUCCUUGAAGAGGAGCUGAAAAGUGAUGGUGAGGUAAUUAACAGCUUCCAGGAGCUGGAGACAUUGUACAUUGAAUCCUUUGAGCAGACGACAAAGAAGAAGGUCUGGGCGGUCGGACCAAUGUGCCUCUGUCACCGAGACAACAACACUAUGGCCGCAAGAGGAAACAAGGCGUCAAUGGAUGAAGCACAGUGCUUGCAAUGGCUUGAUUCAAUGAAGCCAGGCUCAGUGGUCUUUGUCAGCUUUGGCAGCCUCGCUUGCACUACACCUCAACAGCUUGUUGAGCUGGGACUGGGACUUGAAACCUCCAGGAAACCGUUUAUUUGGGUGAUCAAAGCAGGAGCUAAGCUUCCAGAAGUCGAGGAAUGGCUCGCAGACGAGUUCGAGGAGCGUGUCAAAAAUAGAGGCAUGGUCAUAAGGGGUUGGGCGCCACAGCUCAUGAUCCUGCAGCACCAAGCCGUUGGAGGAUUCGUGACGCACUGCGGGUGGAACUCAACAAUAGAGGGCAUCUGUGCAGGUGUGCCCAUGAUCACAUGGCCGCACUUUGGGGAGCAGUUUUUGAAUGAGAAGCUGCUGGUGGAUGUGCUGAAAAUCGGGAUGGAGGUUGGAGUGAAAGGAGUUACACAGUGGGGAAGUGAAAACCAGGAGGUUAUGGUUACAAGAGAUGAGGUGCAGAAAGCUGUGAACACCCUGAUGGAUGAGGGAGUGGCUGCAGAAGAGAUGAGGGUGAGAGCAAAAGACUGCGCCAUUAAGGCAAGGAGGGCUUUCGAUGAGGGAGGUUCUUCGUAUGACAACAUAAGGCUAUUAAUUCAAGAAAUGGAAAUCAAGACGAAUGCAUGUCGUUCAGUGGUUGAUACAGAUGGUAAUAAGCUCUCUUUUUUGGUGUAAACAUAAAGUAAAAGAGCCUAUAGCGUAUUUAUCAUUAUAAAGGAUUUCUUUUACAAACAACCGGUAGCUUGUAUCAGGAUCACUGUCUAUUCUGUUGCGCAGAUUUCAUAUUUUUGGGAAAGGGGAUAUCCCCGACCUCUGCAUCAUACUGAUCCACACAGCCAUAUUUAUUAAAAACAAUCAGAAGUUCGGUAGUUUCAUAA